AUGGAAACGACUCCAAGUUCUUCAUCGAAGGGCUUUGACCAGAGAUUAAACUCGAAACUAUCAAUUGAACGCAGUCGACUAGCGACCCAACGAGUACACGAUAUAAAUAAUGAUUUACACCAUCAUUCUAAAAGCUUGCCAAUAGAUGUUACAUCUAUUGGCAAAGGGCAAUACAAGUUUUUUCAGUGGUAUAAAUUAUGCAAGAUUCAAGAACAGAUAGACUCUUCAUAUUUUAAAGCAGAAUAUGGCUUGCCUAGUCUGGUAUGUACCAGUGAUGAAUAUAUUGCUAUUGCAACUUCAGAAUGUUACAUCUUACUUUUUAGUUAUACCCAAAUAUUAGUAAAAACCAUCAAAACGAACAACAUUGAGCCUUCUGUUUGGGUCGAGUCAAUGGCAGUUUCGGUGGAUUCGACAUUCUUACUUGCUGGAUACUCAAAUGGCUUAAUUAAUCUAUGGGAUCUUAAAAAGCCAGAGCCUAUCAUAAGUGUACGACCAGUAACUUUACACGAACUAAAAUAUAGUGGCAAGUAUUUUCAUGUUGGUCACUUUGAAGGAGUCCCUGUGAGAUCCGUUUCGUUUAUAGGAACAAGACAUACAGCAUUUAUUUCCUCUGAUGAUUCAGGUCUUGUACUACAUCACAAUGGUGGUCGUUCAUUACUGAGGUAUUACUGUAACUCUAGAGUUAUAUAUGGAGAGGAUAACAACAUCGAAAAGUUGCUACACAACGAAACGGAUUACAGUAAAUCUAUUUUAGAUCUGAAGAUGUUACCUAUAGGAUCUGGAAUUGCUCCAACUGAUAAUAUGGGAAUAGUUGCAAUUAUGACCUAUAACAGGCUAACAUUGAGGUCUCUAUAUCCUUCUCAAAACAACCUAGAGAUUUUUGAGAGAUCCAACGACGGGCGGGAAGAAAAGGUGUCUGGUAAUCUCGCCUGGUAUCCUGCAAUAUCAGGUGAUGUUGAUAAUAACAAUAAGGUUCCAUUGUUGGCAUAUAGUUGGACGAGUUCUAUAUAUCUCAUUGAGCUACACUGCACUGAAAAGGAGGAUUCAUUGGGGGAAAUGCAACAUGUAGUUACCGUUGUCAAAAGAGGUGAGAUGAAGUUAUCUGAGUCAGUUAUUUCUCUGUAUUGGUUAACCAAAAAAAUAUUGGUUGCAUUUACUGAGUCUGGAAACCUACUUUUUAUUGACUCUCAAAAAUUAAUGGUUUUAAGAAAGAUUGAUGACCUUUCCAAUGAGCUAGAAGCAUCGACUGUUUAUGCAAAUAAUAAGAUUGGUUUAUCCCAAAAGACGUUCAACAAGUCAAUAAGUACGUACAAGUCAAAUCUAUUUAUUAUGGGUAGAUCUGAAUUUAAGACUGGAAGCCUCCUCAACUGGGCUGAUAUCUUACUGGAUUUGUUGAAUAAUCAAAAUUAUGAAGAAGCUUUGGAAGAAGCGAAAGCUCAAUACGAAGGUUCAACGGAAGACCUUGCAUUACUAUCUUUACCUACCAAUGAUGAGGUGAGGCAUAAACUUAUGAGAGGGUAUUUGAUUCAGGUCCUAAAAUCCUCAACAAAAUACUUGUUCAAUUCAAAGGAUGCAAGCCAUGGAGACUUGAAAAGGCGUACUAGAUUGGCGAUCCAGACAUGCAUGGUCUUGAAUGUACAGGAAGAUUUCUAUGAGAUCAUUUAUGACAGAUUACAAGAAAAUGAGCAAGAGCAUGUAUUUUUUGAAGUCAUUGAAGAACUCAUUUUCAGGUCAAAGCCGUUAUCCUUUUCACCAUCAAUAUUACAUUCGAUGAUAGAAUUUUAUGCAAAAAGGGAUGAUAUUGAUACAUUAGAGCACCUGAUCUGCUUUUUGGAUAUCAAGCAAUUAGAUAUCGAUUUGACGGUUCAACUAUGUCACAAAUAUCAACUAAAUGAAACCCUAACAUACAUAUGGACGUCUCUGUUACAUGAUUAUAUUACGCCUUUAAUUAAUGCGAUUGCGAAAAUCAAAAAGUAUUAUCAAGUCGAAAAAACUUUGUCUGAAGAACUAAGGAUUCAAAGGCGUGAACAGAUAAGCUAUGUCUAUCCUUAUAUAUCCUAUACGUUAACCGGAAGGCAAUAUCCAACAGAACAUUCGCUCCUACCGGAAGAUAAUACACCUGCAAAACUUAACAUCUACUACUUUCUAUUUAACGGGUCUCCUAUAUCAUGGCCAGAAGGAGCUCCAAUAUUACACACAGUUGAAAAUAUCACUGAAGAACCUAUGUUUCCAUAUUUAUCAUUACUCCUUCAAUAUGAUAGUAAUAGCAUGGUUUCUUGCUUAAACGAAGCAUUUGAAGACGAGCUACUAAAUGAUACUCGAUUGUCUUAUGAUCAAAAUAAACACUAUGAGCUUCACAUAAAUCGGCAACUAGUUAUUGAAAUUUUACUAGGCCUUAUACAUAACAGCUCUGACCAAUUUCAUUUCGUCGACAAAAUUCGUAUUUGUAUUUUCAUCAGCAGAAACUAUUCAAAGUACCCCCAAUUUAUUAGGUUAGCCGACAGUGUUUUGGAUGAGAUAAUUGACCUUUUAUGCCAAGCGAAAGACUUGCCAGAAUAUUCUUUGGAAAUUGAGAAAGACUGUGAACUGGCUUUGCAAUCUUUGCUUUCGGUAUAUCGACCAUAUGAUACAGAUGUACUACUACUAAAGAUAGAAAAGGCUGGCCAUUUUCAGGUUUUACAGGGUUUAUACCAAUCAGAAGAAAAGUAUGUACAACUACUGGAAUUAUGGGUACGUUUGAGAAAGGCUCAAAAAGUUUCCAAAGAUUGGUUACUGAAACCUGCAUAUUCAAUAAUAGAAGAGAGCUUUAAUGUGCUGGAUAGCUACGAUAUGGAUCGGCUGGUAAGAUUAAUUAGUGAAAACUUUGAGAUGUUUGUGGAAACAUCCCCUUCUCAAAUGGCACGGAUCAUAUCUACUAAAUGGCCUGAUCUUAACUCCUUGACUUCUCAAAUUACUAAUCAUUCCAUCAAAUUCGAGUAUCUCAAGGCUAUUUUCGAAGCUAAAGAGGAAGAGGAUGUUGCUUUUGUUUUUAGUGACGAUUUGAGAAUGGAGUAUCUGAAAGGUCUAACCAGACAACUUUCACUGUUGAAGAAGAAGCCGAAAGUGGAUGAUGCAGAAGUGAAAAACUUUGAUCUGAAAAUCAGAAAAUUUUUGUGGAGGUUAAGCAGCUUGAGCAAAGAUGUUAUUGAGCUGUUAGAAGCAAAUAACGUUGAAAUUUUAAUUCAGUGGCUUGUAGAGCACGGAGAGUAUCAGGGAGCUAUAAUUAGAAUAUGUGAUAUACUACAGGCAACGGCACAUGAUUUGACAGAGCAUGGGUACCAGAAAGAACUUGAGGAUAGAGUUUGGAACUGUUUGGAUUUGGGGUUUAGAGUGGUGAAAGCGAACAGUAACAUAUUGAAAGGAAAGAAGGAAGGAAUUACUUUAAGGGAAGCUUUGACUGUACGGCUUGUUGAGAAAGCUGCCAACAUUCUUAAAUCCCUCAUGGAGGAACAAAAAGAAGUGAAAGCGAUUGACAUAUUUAAAAGGGUAGUUCAGACUGCUUUCCAAUUUGUAAUUUGUGUUAGCCAGGAUGACCCUAGAUUUUUUAAUACCAUAUUUCAAAGAUUCUUGGAUGGGUCUUCAACCCAUAAUACAACAUUAGGUGAUGUUAGAGUAGUGCUAAAGGAAGUGUUCAUAUCAUACAGAAAUGAUCACGAAAUUCUAACCCUGAUUAAGACACUGAUUGACCAGGAUACUUUUGAGAAUCUGGAAAUUUUGGAGAGUCUGAAGUUGAGAGGAAGGUCACCUGAGAAUAUUGAAUGUGAAUCAUGUGGUAAAAAGAUUUGGGGUGGAAAAAUAGGAAAUAUAGUAUAUGAAUCCUGGAGAGAUCAUCAGCUACAAAGUAUUCACUUGGGGUUAUCAUGUGACACCGCUACUGCUAGGGCGAAUUCGCUCUUCAUCUUCAACUGCAGGCACACUUACCACAGAAAAUGUCUUGAAAAUAUGGGUACUACUAAAGAUGAAGAUCAAAAAUGUAUUUUAUGUGAAUCUGAAAGGCUGCAGUCAUAA